UUUCUAUUCUGUUGACGAGACUAUUCGGUUGUGGCGAAUUGUCUCUUCUGAUGAGUGUAUCAGAGUUUUCUUUCAUUAAGAGUUUUGGUGAUGACAUGUGUGGCACUCAGUUCUUAUUAGCGGAUCGAUUGAUGGCAAAGGUUGUUGGCUAUACAGAUAUAAGAGAGAUUGUUACAGCUUUGUGCUAUCGCCCUGAUACUAAAGGUGGAGAUGAUUUGAAAAUAUUCCUACGAAGAGCUCUUCGCUUGGUGUAUGAAUACAUGAACGGAAUCUUACGAGACAGAUCAAAAAAGGUUUUGGAGAUUGGGAUUAGAAAAGGUCCCAAUUUCAAAAGUGGUCCUUCUUGGUUAUACCAUGAUGCUACAUUUGCUGUUGAUUUGAACAGCUUGGAGAAUCUAUACCGUUGGAAGAUUCUUAAAACUAUAAAGCUAAAUUUAGAGUUUGUUCGUUUUUGCUGUGUAGAUGGAACAUUUCUGAGAUUGGUUCAUAAUGUGUUGGAUCCAUUGCAACAAGUUGUCGACGAUGGAUGUCAUCUCACGAGGCACAUAGGAGAUUACAUUUCAGAAGCCCGGUUCAAUAGCGGUGCUGAUAUAAACAAGGUCUCUCUUUCUAGCUUGGCUUACAUAACCUCUCAUGUUUAUUGUGUUGCUUGCAAUAAGAGAAAGACAUGGGAUGAUUGUACAUAUUCAAAUAUAAUA